AUGUGUGAUGAAGACAUAACGAAGAGUAUUAAGCGACGGUUUAAAGGUAUCGAAAACUUUUUGCGCAGAAUCGCUUUUAAUUUAGGAAACACUGCAUCACAGACCGAAGUCAAAAUUAUUUCUUGCAUACCAAUAGACGUAACUGAUCUUCAGCAAAAAAUAAUUACUUUAGAGAAAGAAUUACAGGAUGCUAAAUGUUCAACGUCGAAGAAGAAUAUUAUUCCAGAUAUUUGCAGGAAAGAAAAGACUGCCGAAAAGACGACCGCCUUCAAUGCCACUUUUCUUGGAACGCCUUUACGCGAUGACGCAUUCUAUAGUAAAUCUAAAAGCGAAAUAAACAAAAUAAGCGCUUGCGAUGCCUGUCCUCAAAAGGGUUCGGACUUGUCUUUUGUCUUUUCAGCUUUAUCACUAGAUUCUUGCGGACGAAAUCUCAAAAUUACAGAAAACAAUAAAUGUUCUAGAGGAGAAGGAGAACGUAAAAAGUAUAACUUAUUUAGAAGACGACAAAAACAUAAAGUUUGCUCUGAGAAACUUAAACCGCGAACUCAUUUUGUUUACUUUGCGAAAUCAAUAAAUAGUCCAUUUUCUGGGCAACCCGUCGAUCACCCAUUUCCCAAAAGGAGAAGGAAUCAAUUUUCUGAGCACUUUUCGAAUGUUAUGCGUAAACAGUAUGACCCCAGGUGUGGCCUCGAAGAGUUCUCGGAUACAAGUGGGUUUACGAGACCCAUUUGCAAAGAUGUUAGCGCCACACUCCGUUAUGAAUCUGACGUGUGUUCAUGUUGCCAUGGUAAAUUUCAAAAUAUUGAUAACUAUAUGGGAAAUGGUCUAGAAUUCCUCCUUGAAGCAGACCAUUCAACGACGGUUCCGAACUAUAACCAAACAUACUACGAUGAACAUUUUUACGACGUAGUGCCAGUGAAGGAGGAAGUUACAAAUAAAUUGAGGCAAAGUGUAUAUAAAAAUUCGUUUGGAAAAGAGAAAAACGAUAUUAUGAAAUGUUGGCCAGAAUCUGUCUAUCGACAAAGUCCGUUCGACCCUAUAAUUUUUAACUAUCGGGCCGAUACUCGACUAGAUCCUAGACGCCGAUACGAGAAAAAUAGACAAAUAAGCCCGACUUUACAAAAAAAUGGACAAAAAAAGUGUCCCAAUAAUUAUAAUCAUAUUCUCAAAGAUAGUUCUAAAAGUUUUUCUGUUGAAUGCAGCAGCGUGUAUACGAAACAUCUGAUUUCACAAAAUAAUCAACCAGGCCCACAUAAAUCGAAUCGAAAACAAGAAGAGAGUAUCAGAAUAAAUAGUACACACAAUCUGGAAACAGCAUCAAAAUGUAUACAACUUGAGAUGGAAUGUCAAAGUGAUAAAACAGAAACAAUGCUCAAGCAAAUUAAGACCAUCCUGCAGUCGGUUUUGACUGAAGUAAAGACAAAUUCUCACAAAAAUAAUGAUGAAAAGCUCAAAAAAGAUGCUGUUGUACAGAAAGGCUCUUCACAAGAUAAUGUGCCUGGCUGCUCGAAACUACUGAAUAGUUUUACUUAUAACGCACCUAUAAAUGGUACUUCUUAUUACGCGCCUGUUUCGCCACCUUACAUGCCUUCUGGAUGUCUUUACUACGCAAACGUACCAUGUCAACCAAUAAAAUGUAUGCAAAAUACUGCAUACGCUGUAGCACCUCAUCAAGAUCACUGUAAGUGCCAAUGUCGAGGUAAAACUUUUGACUGUUGUAAUAAUAACUCAAAGAUAGCAACAAGCCCAGCCACUGAGACAAAUAAUCUUAUUAAAGAGAUUUACAAGUCCGUGGCUUUAAAUUUAGAUUACCCCACUAAGGAUACUUCGAGUACCAAUAAUGUAAGCUUUAAAAACAAGGACGAUGUAUCUAAACAAAAAGAUACAGAAUUAAGGAGUACCGAUGGAUCCGAUAUUGUUAAGAUGGAUAAAGAAAUAGAAGUGUUAUUAUCCAUGUGUACAGAUACAAGUUCACAGUCUGAAGAAAAGGAAUGCAAAGAAACUACUACUGAUGAUGUUAGAAAACGCAAAGAAAUGAUGGAUAGGGAUAAGCGUCAAUAUCACCUUUACAGAUUUGAGGAAAAAAAUAGCAAACGUAACAGGACUUUCAGAGCACAAGAAGAUACAGAAGAUAGUGAGCCGGAGAGCGACGAGACAGUUGUGCCUAAAAUUUCGUUGCAAACCAAAAGAAAAAAGGGGGGGAUUUUUACUAAAAUCGCUAAAAUCUGGAAGAAACGUAAGACAUCUGAGUCUCAUCGUAACGAAAAGCCUAACGACGAAAGCGACAACGGGUCUUUAGAGGAAAGUGAGAGUGAUGAAUACGAGACUGUUUACAGCGGAAGUCAAUACCAAUAUAACAAUACAACACCGCAAAAGCAAAGAUAUAUUAAAAAAUCGCCAAAAAUAAAUAUACAAGUGAAUGGAAAAAGGAUACGUAGAUCACCAACUAGGCAAGACCAAGAAUUAAAGCGUUGGAACGACAAUACAACAUAUAAAACACAACACAGGCACGACCAGAUCGAACCUGGCAGUAACUGUUUCAUAAAACAUCAAAGCAACACAAAAUAUCAGAAAAAUUACGAACCAAGAAGUGAAAUAGCCAACAAUUUAAUUAAUAAUUUUGGCUAUAGACAGCAAAAUUUCCAAAAUUUAGAAGUAGGAAAUAAAAAAGGCUUUUUAAAAAAACAUAAACUAGGACUUCGUUGUGGAAAAGAAUGGAAAAGUUUAAUAACAGAGAAUUAA